GCCACAGGCGCAGCCAUCCCGGAUAGCUGCGUCGUGGGACCCGAGAUCGCCAGGACGGGCUGGGCGGACAUCAUGCACUUGCCCGUCGCAUGCGGCAGCGUUGCCCGGGGGCCACCAAUCAAACGCCAUUGUGUCGUCGAUAAUGGAUCGACAUCAACCCAUUUGCUUUUUCUCCGGCAUCGGCGAUGGCAUUCGCAAAAGCAGGGAGGGACUGGUCUUGCAGCUGGCCAACAUCAGCCUUCCAAAUCGCCAUUACAGCAAUACAUCCAGCCUGUGGCUCGCUCUGGCGAUAAUCAAGGGCCGGCUGUGAAUUCAUCCGCUUUGUAACCCAUCUCCUGCUCGCAAAACUGAGCGGGCACCUACCGCUCUCGGUCAAGCUUAUCCUUGCGUCGCCCUUCUGAUUUCUUGCUCACCCUCAGUGAUGGCCGCCAAAGUCUGGAUCACCGGCCGUCCGGCUCCUCCUGAUCCCAAGGACGACCCGCUGUUCCCAUGGAAGCCAAGGAUGCCCUUCAAAAAAGGGCUGGCAACCGACAUUGUCAUGGGCGAUGACCGCGAGUACCAGCCGCGCCAGAACAGCUCGACGUUCGCAUCAGACUACAGCGCCUAUCGCGGCGGCCGUCCUCUCAAUAUCGCUCAUAAACGCGAAGCCGACCUGGUUGAGGCAGCCGGACAGCCUCUUGGCAUCAACUGCACAUCCAAGAUGGAGCAGCACAUCUCAUUUGGCGAUGAGCAGAAGCUGAAUGCAGCCAAGUACAAGAGCGUCACAUCCGACAGCUUCCAGGCCCCCGAAACCGUCGAUGAUCUUUCGCUCAAGCUCCUCGAUAUUCGUGACAAGGCCAAUAGCCAGUCUGGAAGCGGUGUCGGCCCGUGGAUCUCUCGUCCACAGACCUUGAUGGCUGCAGCGCAUGUCGGUACAAAAACCCGCGAAGACCUGCCCGUGGACAACCAGCACUUCAAGUCCUUCCUCACCACCAACCAGGAGUCGCAGCAAAAUCUGCAGCUCCCCUUUAUCCUUGAGCGAAACAACAACUAUCAUAGUUCGGAGCCCAAGGGCCGUGAGCAGUUUGGGCCCGAUGUGACUCCAGCCGAAAUCAUAUCAAGCCUGGCGGCCGAGAGCAACACCACCAAGCAAAAGCUCUGUGAGCGAAACCACAAGAGCUCCAUCCCACAGGGCGACAUUGAGCGCCAGGCAAACUAUUCCACCGUUGCGUCGACAUCGUUUAAACCACACGGACACCGACACUAUCAUGUCGAAAAGGCACCCCCACCAAUUCCUGCAAAGUUCCUAUCCGGUGAUCAAGACAGCCCCAGAGAUAUGUAUGUGACCACGAAUGCCUCGCAGUAUGCUAAGAAGCAUGUCCGUCAUCUGAUGAUGGAUACGCGCGGCUGGAGAGGCAGAAGCAGUAUCCCGUUUGGUGAGACCGAGCUGGAUCGAAAGCGGACGCAUCCAACCGUGACCCAGAGAGACUUUUACGAGCAUCGAGAUCCACCCAAGAGAGUGACAUUUAUGCGCGGGUGCUAUGGCCGGAUCAUCAACGAUGGCUCGGCGGAGCUCCAGCUGGAACGAGAGCGCAGACUGGGCAUGGCAGGGGCCUUGAAGUCGUGCAAGACCGAUGAGCCCUUCAUCAGCUGCUCGCAUUCACAGCUGACGAGCUGGUCCUCCGACGAGAUCAAAUCCACCAAAGACUCGGCAGUUGCUGGCAACGGCUCUGGCUCGGACACCAUUCCAACGAGUGUCAAAGAGCACGUUGACUCGAACGAAGAGAUACUCCACGGGCCCAAUCAGAUCAACGUGUCAUCGGUUCCGACCGGUACACACCAUCCCAUGUCGGCCUCGUUUCAGACAACGACGCAAAACUGCUUCCAGCCCUAUCCAGAUGCCGAAUUUCCAACAUUCCCGAUCCUGGGAGAGCGCAUAACAAAGAGUAGCCUCGGUCUCGGUGAGCCUCUGCCGGAAGCUCUGGUGGACCUCUUGUCUCGAAAUAACUUCAAAACCACCUCUGGGGAUACGUACAUCCACCACCGGGGUGCCCAUCCUGCAACGCCGCCACCACCACGGGGAGCACUCGUGGUGGGUGAAGAGGGAGAGUACCCCAUGGAAAUGAACAGGACAACACAGAUGGACCACUUUCAGCCCAAGCCUUAUAGCUUUGAGAAGGCAAAGCCCCACCCGUCGGUGGCAAAGGGACUGAUCUUUCCAUUUUUCAAAAACAAUACGGAGACCACCACUAAUCAUUACUUCCGAAAGAGGGAUGGUAUCGUCCAAGUUGAGCACCCAAGCCUCAAAACAGUCAAGAAAAAUGCAAACAAUAGCGGCAUUGUGUUUGGCGAUCCGAAAGUGGGGUUUUAUGGUGAUCCGUCCUACAGGCCGAAAAAUGGAGCCAGGUAGCCGCGGCGACUGUGAGCCAUUUGCUGAAGGCAAAACCCUCCCCCGAAAGCAAACAUGGAAAUGAUUAUGACGUGGAAAAGCGUUGAGUUAUGGGAAGGGUUGGGCGU